AUGAAGUUCGGGUCUCAAUUCAAAGCAUUGCAGGUGAUGGCCAAAGAAUAUGGGACUCAGGUACUUGGCUUAAAAAUGGGGAGCGAAAUGGUAGUGGCAGUCUUCGGUGAAAAAAAUAUACGUUUUGUGUGCAACGAUAUGAAUUUCGAUGCUCGGCCAGAUAGCUUUUUUAUUAAGUUGCGAACUUUUGGAAGAAGAUGCGGAGUCACAUUUGUAGACGGUCCUCUUUGGCGUGAGCACAGGCAGUUUGUUAUGAAAUGUUUAAGAAAAGAAGGUUUUGCUAAAGAAGUCAUGGAGUCUGAUAUUCAAGCAGAAACUGAUAAAAUUUUAAAUAUUUUGAAAAGUUCCAGUGGAACCCCUGUUAAUAUUAGAUUUCUCGUUUCCAUGGCUGUCACAAAUAUUUCAUGGAAGUACAUUGCAGGUGAGCAUCUUAGAGAAACACAGUUACAUAAGUUUAUUUCUCUUAUGAGCAAACGCUCCGAAGUAUUUACUAUGGCUGGCGGCUGGCUUAACCAAUGGCCUUGGCUUAGGUUUAUAGCACCAAAUUGGUCAGGAUUUUCAAUUAUACAGAAAAUAAAUUUGGAAAUGAUUGAAAUUAUUCAGGAAUCCAUAAGAAAACAUAGAGAAGGAAAAGUGCAAGGAUCGGACUAUAUUUAUAAAUUUAUGAAUGAAAUGUACAGGGAGUCUUUUACGGAAGACCAACUGAGAGGUGUUCUCGUUGACUUUCUCAUAGCUAGUACUCAAACUACAGGCAGUGUCAUCGGGUUUGCGAUUAUAUCAUUAAUACGAAAUAAGGACAUAUGUGAUAAAAUUUACAAUGAAAUUAACACGAUAUUAGGUAAAAAUCCCCCAAAGGCAGAGGAUUGUACACGACUCGUUUAUACAUCUGCUUUCCUGUAUGAAAUCUUAAGAAAAUAUACAAUAGCACCAUUCUCGGGGCCUAGAAGGACAUUGAAGGACACCAUCUUAGACGGGUAUACUAUUCCGAAAGGAACUACAAUUCUCAUAUCACUAGAUGAUUUGCACUCAAAUUCGGAAAUAUGGAAUAAUCCUGAACAAUUAUUACCAGAGAGAUUUAUUGACGAAAACGGGGACUUAAAAAAUACAAACAAAAUUUAUCCUUUUGGUUUGGGGCGCAGAGCUUGUCCAGGAGAACCAUUAACGAAGUCAUUUAUGUUAAUUUUUAUGGUGUCUAUCAUACAAAAGUACAAAAUAGAAUGUAGUAAUGGGGACAUGCCUUCGGAUGAACCCAUUAUUGGAUUACUUACAGAGCCCAGACCAUUUACAGCAAGAUUUAUAGAAAGACCUUGA